CAGUCAGCUCUAGAGGCAGUCUGCUCUUUAUGACAAUAAAGAGUAGAGAAUUAGCCUGAUGCCUGUUACAGUGAAGACAGAAGACAGAGAGAGCAGGUAGAGAGAUGGGGAAAAGGGAGACCUCUGACUUUCAAGAAAAUCGCAGUCAGGAUGGCAACUUAUGGGAUUCUGUCAAGAAGACAGCCUUUGUAUUGGGCACUGGGCUUCUGACCUUUGCAGCUUUUAGGAACACACUGACAUGGCACUUACAAAGAUUCUGGGGAGCAUCAGGAGAUUUCUGGCAGUCACAGUGGGGGAAACUUCACGAUUACUUUGGUGGCAAUGAGCUGGCAUUAUUCAGUUUAGGCGCCAUGGUGAUACCAAGCCUGUCUUUCUGGAUGUAUAAUGCAGUCCUGAUGAUUAUCGACUUGACUGGAAAGCCUAAUUUCAUCACUCGAUACAGAAUCCAGAUUGAAAAGAAUGAUCCAGUGGAUUCUGCCAAGCUCCGACAUGCUGUGAUCACUGUACUCUUAAACCAGCUCCUAAUUUCUUUCCCAAUGGUUCUUCUCAUGUAUCCAUUUAUGAAAAGUCGUGGGAAUCCAUGUGGCACAGAGUUACCAACAUUCCACUGGGUCCUAUUGGAGUUAGCGGUCUUUGUACUGGUGGAAGAAAUACUCUUUUAUUACUCACAUCGGUUGGUCCAUCACCCUAGUUUAUACAAACAUGUCCACAAGAAGCACCACGAAUGGACUGCUCCAGUAGGAGUUGUGUCACUCUAUGCUCACCCUUUGGAGCACAUAUUAUCUAACAUGUUGCCACCCAUGGUUGGUCCAAUGCUGAUGGGAUCUCAUGUUGCCACCAUUAUGUUAUGGUUCUGUCUUGCUUUGGUUUCCACCACAAUCUCACACUGCGGCUACCACCUGCCCUUCCUCCCAUCCCCAGAAUUCCAUGAUUUCCAUCAUCUCAAGUUUAACCAGUGUUAUGGCGUUUUGGGAGUUCUGGAUCGACUGCAUGGGACAGACUUGGUGUUUAAACAAACUAAGGCUUAUGACAGACACAUCUUACUACUUAACCUUACCCCACUAAAUCAAAGCAUUCCUGAAACCACCAAAAAAUCCCAGUAAUCUAGUGUGUAACUCUCAGAGACUGUGAAAAUGCAGGACUCAUAUUUAGAAACUACACAAAGCAGGCUAUCCUAGAUUUAACUUUAUUGUCCAAGGAUCCAUGCUUAUCAUUAACAAAAAAAUUACUCAAGACCCCUUACCUCUUUUACUAUUGUUUUGGAUCCUAAAUAGACAUGGAAAUGUGGUAGAUUAGGCUUUGUUUUACUGCACUGGUUCUAUACCCUGUAGACUCAUUACACUGUCUCUAUAAAGUUAUGUUUCCAGGAGUCAGUCUCACAUUUCUAAAUAGCCAAAGGUAAAAUAUUUGUAGCUUUGGGAUUCUUUUUUUAUGUGUAAUUCUAAUUUUAGAUAAAUUGGUAUUUGAUUUACAGGAGACCCUGUCAACCCGAAAAUUGUGGAUAAUUGACAGGUGAAGUACACAUUUUAGUCCAAAUUAUCUCAUGAAAAAAAUAAUCUACAAAUCUAAAACAAAUACUGCAAAUUCUCAGACAAUUAUCAGUUUAAUAAGAAAUCCCAAUUAUGUUUACAUAACCGGUUAUAGUUUAUAAUUAUAGUUGUAUUGCCAGUUCUCUGAUGAGUUAAAAAUAUAUUAAUACAUUUCCUUUAUAAAAUGUGCCAAUCCACAUGCUACUGUAUUAAGAUUAAAUCUGAUGCAUGGCUGCA